CGGAAGCGCUCCCAUUUUGCGUCGUCGGGGCUCGGCGGCUGCCGGCCGGCUCCCGGCAGACGCGUCGCCAGCACGAUGGGCUCGUCCAAGAAGCACCGCGGAGAGAAGGAGGCCGCGGGGACGGCGGCGGCGGCCGGCGCUGGGGGCGCCCCCGAGCAGCCUCCGCGGCACCGCGAGCACAAGAAGCACAAGCACCGGAGUGCGGGCGGCAACAGCGGCGGCGGCAGCGGCGAACGGCGGAAGCGGAGCCGGGAGCGCGGGGCCGAGCGCGGCAGCGGGCGGCGCGGGGCCGACUCCGAGGCCCGGGGCGGCACGCACGGGCGGGAUCGCAGCCAGGCGGAGCCGGCCGAGCGGCGCGUGAAGCGGGAGAAGCGCGAUGAUGGCUACGAGGCCGCUGCCAGCUCCAAAGCCAGCUCUGGCGAUGCCUCAUCCCUCAGCAUCGAGGAGACCAAUAAGCUACGGGCCAAGUUGGGGCUGAAACCCUUGGAAGUCAGUGCCGUCAAGAAGGAGGCGGGCACCAAGGAGGAGCCCGUGACGGCCGAUGUCAUCAACCCCAUGGCCCUGCGCCAGCGCGAGGAGCUGCGGGAGAAGCUGGCAGCUGCCAAGGAGAAGCGCCUGCUCAACCAGAAGCUGGGGAAGAUCAAGACACUGGGGGAGGAUGACCCCUGGCUGGACGACACUGCCGCCUGGAUCGAGCGGAGCCGGCAGCUGCAGAAGGAGAAGGAUUUGGCAGAGAAGAGGGCCAAGCUGCUGGAGGAGAUGGACCAGGAGUUUGGUGUCAGCACCCUGGUGGAGGAGGAGUUUGGGCAGAGGCGGCAGGAGCUGUACAGUGCCCGGGACCUGCAGGGCCUCACAGUGGAGCAUGCCAUUGACUCCUUCCGCGAGGGCGAGACUGUGGUCCUCACCCUCAAGGACAAAGGUGUGCUGCAGGAGGAGGAGGACGUGCUGGUGAACGUGAACCUGGUAGACAAGGAGCGGGCAGAGAAGAACGUGGAGCUACGCAAGAAGAAGCCAGGCUACCUGCCAUACACAGACGAGAGCGUGGACGACCUGGCCCAGCAAAAGCCUCGCUCCAUCCUGUCCAAGUAUGACGAGGAGCUCGAGGGCGAGCGGCCACAGUCCUUCCGCCUGGAGCAGGGCGGCACGGCUGAUGGGCUGCGGGAGCGGGAGCUGGAGGAGGUCCGGGCCCGGCUGCGGCUGCAGGCCCAGUCCCUGAGCACCGUGGGGCCCCGCGUGGCCUCAGAGUACCUCACGCCCGAGGAGAUGGUGACCUUUAAAAAGACCAAGCGGAGAGUGAAGAAGAUCCGUAAGAAGGAGAAGGAGGUGGUGAUGCGGGCCGAUGACCUGCUGCCCCUCGGGGACCAGAGUCAAGAUGGAGACUUCGGGUCCAGAUUGCGGGGCCGGGGCCGGCGCCGUGUGCCCGAGACGGAGGAAGAGGCCCCCGAGGAGGAGGAGGCCAAGGAGCCCGUGCCUCAGCUGCCGCCAUCAGACGACACCCGUGUGGAGAACAUGGACAUCAGCGACGAGGAGGAGGGGGACACCCUGCCCCCAGGGUCCCCCGAGGUGCUGGAGGAGGAUGAGGCUGAGCUGGAGCUGCAGAAGCAGCUGGAGAAGGGGCGGCGGCUGCGGCAGCUACAGCAGCUACAGCAGUUGCGAGACAGUGGCGAGAAGGUGGUGGAGUUUGUGAAGAAGCUGGAGUCGCGGCAGCGAGGCUGGGAGGAGGAUGAGGACCCGGAGCGCAAGGGGGCCAUCGUGUUCAAUGCUACGUCGGAGUUCUGCCGCACGCUGGGCGAGAUCCCCACCUACGGGCUGGCCGGCAACCGGGAGGAGCAGGAGGAGCUCAUGGACUUCGAACGAGAUGAGGAGCGCUCGGCCAAUGGUGGUUCUGAGUCGGACGGGGAGGAGAACCUGGGCUGGAGCACUGUGAACCUGGACGAGGAGAAGCAGCAUCAGGAUUUCUCAGCCUCCUCCACCACCAUCCUGGACGAGGAGCCCAUUGUGAACCGGGGCCUGGCUGCCGCUCUGCUCCUGUGUCAGAACAAAGGGCUGCUGGAGACCACGGUGCAGAAGGUAGCCCGGGUGAAAGCCCCCAACAAGUCUCUGCCGUCGGCUGUGUACUGCAUCGAGGACAAGAUGGCCAUCGACGACAAGUACAGCCGGCGGGAGGAGUACCGGGGCUUCACGCAGGACUUCAAGGAGAAGGACGGCUACAAGCCCGACGUGAAGAUCGAGUACGUGGACGAGACGGGCCGGAAGCUCACGCCCAAGGAGGCCUUCCGGCAGCUGUCCCACCGCUUCCACGGGAAGGGCUCGGGCAAGAUGAAGACGGAGCGGCGGAUGAAGAAGCUGGACGAGGAGGCGCUCCUGAAGAAGAUGAGCUCCAGCGACACGCCCCUGGGCACGGUGGCGCUGCUGCAGGAGAAGCAGAAGGCCCAGAAGACACCCUACAUCGUGCUCAGCGGCAGCGGCAAGAGCAUGAACGCGAACACCAUCACCAAGUGAGGCCUGCCUCCUGUUCCGUGCCCAGCCCGCCUUUCUUGUUAAAUAAAGUUUCCCCCUUAUUUUU